CUUGUUUCCAGGAAGAACUUUCUCGGGGAACCUCAAGAGCGUGACUACACGUUUAACUGCUCUUUUAAUUAAACUGUGCUCGGUUGUAUUUGUUUUCUUUAAAAUCAGUUAGCUGUAAACAUGGGGGAUGAUGAAGAAAAGUAUGAUGGGAUGCUGCUUGUUAUGGCACAACAACACGAAGGAGGAGUGCAAGAGUUGGUGAACACCUUCUUCAGUUUUCUCAGGCGAAAAACUGACUUCUUCACUGGUGGAGAGACUGGGGCUCCCGAGAAGCUGGUGAAGGAGUCCUUUGCUCACCAUAGUCAGCUGGCCCUGAAGGCCCACGGGGAGAAGAUGUCAAAGCAGGAGAAGGAGAAGCGGGACAAAGCGGAGCGGGCGGCUAAGCUGGCGGAGGAGGAGAAGAAGAAGAAAAUUGCAGACAAGGGGGAGGAGCCAAAGAUCAUGGAGUUGACAGACGAGGAGGCAGAGAGGCUGCAAACAGAGAUUGAUCAGAAGAAACUGGAGGAGAAAACAGAGGACCUUCCAAAGGACAGCUCAGAGCUAUCAGCAGCAAAGGGAGACAAAGGGUCUGACUCCGAGGGUGAAGAGGAUGAGAAGGACAAGGGGAAGCUGAAGCCCAAUGCUGGCAAUGGGGCCGACCUGCCCGACUACCGGUGGACACAGACCCUCUCAGAAGUGGAUCUGCUGGUGCCGUUUGGUGUGGGCUUCCGGCUGAAGGGGAAGGACGUGGUGGUGGACGUGCAGAGGCGGUCCCUAAAGGUGGGGCUGAAGGGCCACCCGCCUGUGAUCGAUGGGCAGCUGUACAACGAGGUGAAGGUGGAGGAGAGCUCCUGGCUCAUCGAGGAUGGCAAGGUGGUCACCAUCCACCUGGAGAAGAUAAACAAAAUGGAGUGGUGGAACAAGAUUAUGACUACAGAUCCUGAAAUUAAUACAAAGAAAAUCUGUCCAGAGAACUCCAAGCUGUCGGACCUGGACGGGGAGACGCGCAGCAUGGUGGAGAAGAUGAUGUACGACCAGAGGCAGAAAUCCAUGGGUCUGCCCACCUCCGAGGAGCAGAAGAAGCAGGACAUCCUUAAGAAGUUCAUGUCCCAGCACCCAGAGAUGGACUUCUCCAAAGCCAAGUUCAGCUGAGAGGCUUCUGGGAAGGCUGCACCCCCCACAGAGUGAUGCCUCUGAGUCCAUCUCCUGCAGAACCUCAAGCAUGGAGCCCAGCACUGCUGCAGCACUCUUACUUUCCCUGCUUGGGCUGGUGGAACUAAGAUAGUUUAUCUCUUGUCGUUGUUGUUGAUUGUGGCAGGAGUUUAUUAACCGUUAAGACUCGGUCUGCAUUUAUUGUUCCUGUCCAUGACUUGAUAUUUAAAAAAAUAAUAGUAAAUGUUCUGACCUUUUUAAAAAAAAUAAAUUCAAACCGUA